AUGUCCGCGAGCUCCGAUUCCGUGUCUGUCCAUGUUAAAAUUACUAUCAAACCUUCGUGCACUGAAUCAUUCCUAAAAGUCUUGAAGCCCACGUUAGAUGCCACCGUCGCCGAGCCUUUGAACACAUUCAUCGAGCUUUAUCGGCUGGAGAAGGAGCCUGGUGUCUUUCGGCUGGUGGAGAACUGGGACGCCACUGCGGAUUACCUGAGAAAUACGCAAACCAAAAAAGAAUACUACCAGUCCUACUAUGCAGCCAUCCAGCCAAUGCUCUUGAAGGCUCCCGAGGUGGAAAUUUUUGAUCGGAUGCCAGGAAACCACUGGGUGGGCAUAAAGAAAGAGGCAUACCCGGACAAGGCUUAA